CCGCGGGAAUCGAUCGAGAAAGAGAGAGAGAGAGAGAGUCCGUUUAUUAAGGAUUGAGUGAUGCGCGUGCUCGCCUCAGCGCGGAGACGGAGAACGCACGGCGGACAAAACGAAUCCGCCGACAAAAAGCGUCACGAGUGUGCGGAAAGCUGGACGUUGCUAGGACGCCGUGCGAUUACCUGACGCGGUUUCUUCCUGCCCGGUGCUGCUGGUGGUGAUGGUGGUGGUCACUCGCCUCUCGUGACCCACGAUGGAUGAUGGAUCGUUGCACCACUAUAUGCGCGCUAAUCGUUUCCGCGAGCGCCGGGCGGCCGAGUGAAUCCUCUUCUGCAAAGCGGUUCCCAGGGGAAUCGCUCUCUCGCGGAAGCAAUAAGAACAUCGCUCACGGCAAAUUUAUGACGCAACAUGCGUAACACGAUACUUAUAUGUAUGCACAGACAGGCAUAAUAGUCUAAUGCAUGAAGUUACAUUGUCUUAUAGCAUUUUCUAUUGAGAAAAUUCUAGUGAUGCAGCGCCAGCGUUGUAAUAGGUUUCCACCUAGCAGUCUGUGCAGACCUGUGUAGUCUUUCAACGCUAAUCCUAUUGAAAAUAUAUGGACAACCAUGAAAAUGAAGCUUUGGGGAAAACGAGUUUUCACCUUGAAACAGUUGUCGUAUCAGCUUCGCACAUUAUGGAAAUCAUUACCCGAGACAUUAGCGGAAAAUCUUAAAACUACUAGUGCAAUAAUAUGUCUAGUGGAUAGUUCAAUGUGUGAAACACUUUAUUAUAUGAAAUCCUCCCUAAAACUUGAAAAAGUAAAGAAUAGAAUUCGAUUUCUUUGUUGAAAAUAUGCGGAGUUUUAACUUGCCUGUUAGUCAGUUUCAUGAAUCAUAUCUUUUACAUAAUUUAUUUUUGGUGUGGAGUUACAUAUGCAUCAAAACUGCAUACAUAUUUUCAUUGUAUAGUGUGACAUUAAUUCUAAUAAUACAUCAAACUUCUCUCUUCGGCUUUAAAACUUCUGCAUUUAUAACUUCACGUAAUAAUAAAAACACAUAUAACUACACGAAUUGCUUAUAUCACAAUAAUAUCCUGUAAACAUAUCCUAAUCGGGUAUGUAUACUGAUAAACAACUACUCAAACUCUAUUGGUCUGUUCAAUGAUUAUCCUGUUAUCUUUUUUAAAUAGACCCUAAUUCACAUCCUAAUUUUUUCAUUUUCGUUAAUUUGCGGAUAUGUAUUUGUGAAUGGAUUUGUUAAUUAUUUUUUUAUAUUUCCCUCUGUCCUGUAAUCUUGUAUAUCAAAAUCAAAAAGUAUACCAAAAAGGUUUUAUUACCGUUAAUUGAAUAAAUUGAAAUAUAGCACGAGGUUUCGUCGAGCUUCGUAGAAAGUGGAAUCUUCGUCCUCGUCGGACUAGAAAUACGUCGUAUUUCUUCUCGUAACGAAGCGUUCUCGUAGCAAAUGUUUGUUAGUUACGAAGCGAAACGACCUAGGGCAUGCAUUUCGGGUACAUUCGAUGCUAAACAUGUGAUAGGAGAGUGAAUACAGCAGGAUCGCCCUCGAGUUUGAUAUCGAUCGGCGAGCACGUACCAUCCGGUUCCAUCGACGAAAACGGAACGUCCGAAGGAUCGUUAACAUUUUCCUUGAACAUAAUUGGGGGAGCAGAGUGACGUGGUACGAUUAAGGAGAAAAGUUUUUGAUUACCCAUGAUGAGGAAUGUCGCGUAAAUUUGACGAUACAUUGCGGAUUAGUUUUGAUUUCGACUCUGAUCGCGAAAAUCCAGAAGAUAUUCGGUGACUCGGCGAUGUGGAGUUGGAUAUUGACGUAAUCAGAGACUUGUUGCCGGUGACGCAACGUGGUAGUCUUGCGGAGGACAUCUAGAUACCGUAAAGAAAGAAGAAAGAAAAACACAGCUCGUCCGAAACCAUCGUGUGCUACAUUUGCAUAAGCGUGGUCUCGAACGGCACGCAGAAUGGGCGCAUCGCAAUGGAGAUAGAGGAGCAGUGGCUAUAGUAGACGACCCCAGGUCGUCCCAAUUGACCGGCGCAUCUGCGAUCGUUUCCGAGUAAAGACAAAACCGGCUCCUCCACGAUGACCACGACGGCGUCGACGGAGAAGAUGGACACGGCGAAAGACCUGCCAAAGAAGAAGCUCAUCAACACGAACCUGAUAUCCCUCAAGUGUCUUCUGUUCAUCUUCUUCGGAGGCCUCGGCUGCCUUUUCCCGUUUCUUCCUCUGCACAUGACGAAGGUGGGAUUGCACAUCGAGGAUGUCCGAUUCAUAUCGAUAAUCUCGCCGGUGAUCGCGAUAAUCGGGCCCCUGAUAGCGGGGCUGGUCGCCGACAGACUCGCCAGACGUCAGAGCAAGAAUGACAAAUCGUCGACUGGUCGUUACCUUCGCGUGAUGAUCGCCGUCGCCUGCAUCUUUUCGGCGUUCUUUUACUCACUGCUGAUGCUGAUGCCCAGAAAGGAUCACGGUCUGUUGUCGGGGGAAAAGAACCCAGGCGUGAAGUUCAACUGCGAUCGGCACGGAGCAAUGGUGCGGCAAGAAAGAUGCGAAAAUCGCUUUGGUUGUCAUCGCUGGGCCGACGACGACAGCGGGGUGGGCAUCAUGUUGCUGGAGAAUUGUAACUACGCCUGUUACCUGACGACUGGAUCGCGACGAUGGCACGCGGAACUCGCCGCGGGUACCACGACGUUUAAGAGUACUGCCAACACUGACGUGGAUGAUUUCGAAGGCAGCGGCGCAAUGACGGUUGCACCUCUGGACAGUGAACUCUACGCACAACAGGAUCACGACGAGACGAAAAAAACUCGUCGUUAUAUUAUGGCCGAGAACGAACCGCCGCAUCUGUGUUACAAGGACGAGGACGACAACGUCGUCUGUCACGUUUACACGGAAUACUCUGGCUGCUUGCCGGUGAAUGGUAGCCUCGGGCAAGCAUUGAAUGCCGAAAAUGAAAAGGAAUGGUGCGCAUAUCCCGUGGCUGAGUACUUCGCCUGUCGUAUACCGCCUGAACUGGAAAUCAGGAUGGCUGAAUUCAAUCAGAGUUGCUCUAUAGAAUGCGACCUGAUUAAUCCGUAUACUCUGCCCGGUAGUGUGCUGGCGGAAAGCCAGUGUCAAAGAACCGGAGAUUGGGCGGUAGCGUCAUGCAACGGCCAACGUAGUGCCUGUAGGCCGUGUGUCUGGAUAUACCUAGUCGUACGAUCGGUCGCGGAUAUCUUCCCUACGACUGCCGUCGCUCUGAUUGACGCAGCAGUGGUGAUAGCAACCAGGGAGACGUCGUGCGGCCGCGGUGACGUCGGGCGCCAAUUGGCUUUCGGCUCUCUCGGUUUCGCCUUGUUGGGACCUUUGGCCGGUUAUCUAAGCACCUUGACGAGCGACAUAGGGCCAGCUUAUUGGCUGCCUCUUGUUCUGCACGCCGUGAUGAUGAUCAUCGCGUCCGUCAUCGCCUUGUCGGCGAACGACAUGCCGCUCAGUCCACCCGAAUGGUGGUGGCACACGAGAAGCGGCAUGUUGGCGUUGCCGAUGAGCGCUAUUAAGAGAUACGGCAGCGAGACCGCCGCCUUGUUCUUCGUGCUAUUAGUUCUGGGAACAUUCUGGAGCGCGAUGGACAGCUACCUACCCUUGCACUUGCAAAGGCUAGGAGGCGAUGAACUCUUAAUUGGUGUCGCUAUGACUGUCGGAGCGAUACCGGCAUUCUUGUUCCUCUGGAAGUCCGAACAUUUCGUGGAUUAUUGUGGCCACAGUAAUCUUCUCAUCACUGCCUUCACGGUGUACAUAAUUAGAUUCACCGGACUGAGUCUCGUAAUGGGACCUUGGUGGUCUCUAAUCUCGGAGGCUCUAGAAGUAUUCACCUUAGGGAUAAUGUGGGUUACUGCCAUUCUUUACCUGCGACAUUUAGUACCGCGUCAUUUAACGGUGACUGCCCAAGGGCUGCCUGUGAUAGCUCACUUCGGCUUUGGUCGGAGCAUCGGAGCCGCCAUCGGUGCUUAUGUCAAUCUCGGCGACGGGGACAUCGUGAACUCACUCAGAUUUGUAUAUCGUUGUAUGGCAGUAGCGGCGGCCAUUGUUGCCGUCCUGUAUUUCAUAUUAUAUCACGGUCUACUGAAGCCAAGAUGUCAUGCACACACCAUCCAAGGUCCUCGUCAACCUUCUACGAUUGUGCAAGCUGCUAUAAGAGAUUACGAAUCGACAAUGAACGGAAAUGGAAAUUAUACGCCGCUAAGGGUAUACCAUAACGGAAUGGGCAGGAAGGGUCAAUUUCGAUACUAAGAAGUUAUUCAUAAGGAUAACUCAGGAGUUCUAGGAACGCUGCAACAAUGAUUCUACAGUGCAACGCAUAUGAGUGUCAUCAGACAAACUGCCGGCGAUCUGUGUUCUCGUGUGUUUUCAUAUCGCUUUAUAUUGCUAAUUUCUAUUUAAGACAACUCGACAUUACCAUUUCUAUUUUUUAACACGUUCGCUACCACGUAUGUAAUGCAUGCGUUACCAAGGGAAAUUUAUCCGUUAUGUUACAUUAAGUCGGCAACGAACGUGUUAACGUGUUAUUUAUGUAAACUAUUAUAUGAAGGACCACUACUUGCUCAAGUACAUUGUACGAGCUACAUUAUCAGUUUCUAUAUUUGUACCCAUAAAAGCACGUCACGCGAAAUCGUAAUGUAGUGACGAGAUGGAGAGUAGUAUUACACAAACAUAAACGUUUUCGCGUGUCGUAGUGAUUAAGGAGAAAAAAGAUAGAAAAUUACGUUUCUCAUGUACAAACGUCUGUAAUAGACAACUACGAGUAUCUUAUGCUUUUUUAGUUUUCUACUGAGUUCUUUUUUUUUAUACAAAUCAUUGAUUGCGAACUCUUACAGGCGUGUAAUUAGAUAAAUGACUUUCUAUGAUAAAAUCAUUACAAAGCAAGACUUACAUGCGUCUUCAUGUGUAAUAUAAGUCAAAUAGGUAUCAAUACGCUGAAAGUAAGAUGUUUACUCGACCAGGCGAAUGUUACGUUUCUGUGAGUUGAUAUAUGUAUACGACAAGAAAUGAAAUAAAAGUACGUUGGAAAGAAA